CAUCUCUUGAGGAGCAGUGAACAUGUUGCCCGCGGUGAUCUGGAUCUCCGUGAUGGGACUCGCCAUCUGCAGACCGUCUCCGAAUCAGCUGGAAACCGAGUCUGCAGAAGUGCGCUCGGAGGCCAUCAGGAGGCUGUUGGAGGUGUUUGGGAUGGAGGAUCCUCCUGCUGCUCUGGUUCGGGGACACAAACAGCCUCCUCAGUACAUGCUGGACCUGUAUAACACCAUCGCGGAUGUGGACGGAGUCACCAAAGACCCGACGCUCCUGGAGGGAAACACCGUCCGCAGUUUCUUCGAUAAACUGCAUAGUGACCAAAUCGAGUUCCUCUUCAACAUGUCCACGGUGGCCAAGAGUGAGAAGAUCCUCACGGCCGAGCUUCAUCUGUUCAAGCUCAGACCACAAGCAUCGCUCACGUUCAACAGACAUCACUUCUGUCAGGUCAGUGUCUAUCAGAUCCUCGAUAGCAGCAAGAAGAACGUCUCACAAGGGAAGAAGCUGCUCUCAUCCAGACUGGUGCCCAUCCACUCCAGCGGCUGGGAGGUUUUUACCAUCACUCAAGCUGUUCGCUCCUGGAUGUCAGAUGAGCGCAGUAAUCUGGGGCUCCUGGUCUCAGUCAGGACUUUAGCAGGUCUUCAGAUGGACCUGAAAACCGUGCGUUUCGCAUCGGGUCGUAACCACCAUCACAGCAAACAGCCCAUGCUGGUCCUCUUCACCGAUGACGGCAGACGAGCGGCUUCUCUGGAGAUCACGCCUAAAGGUUCAGAUGAUUCUCCCAGGCUCCCGUUUCCCAGCCUCCCUCUCCCGGCUGCGGCCCGUCGCAGCGCUCGCUCCAUAGACUAUGAUGAGAGCGGGGAGAAGAUGCCGUGUCAGCGUCUGCCGCUCUACGUGGACUUCGAGGAGAUCGGCUGGUCCGGGUGGAUCGUGUCUCCGCGCGGAUACAACGCUUACCACUGCAAAGGCUCCUGUCCGUUUCCCCUGGGUCAGAACAUGAGGCCCACCAACCACGCCACGGUCCAGUCCAUCAUCAACGCCCUCAAACUGACCAAAGGCAUCGAGACGCCCUGCUGCGUGCCUGACAAGCUCUUCAGCAUCAACCUGCUGUACUUUGACGACGAUGAGAACGUGGUGCUGAAGCAGUAUGAUGAUAUGGUGGCCGGCAGCUGCGGCUGUCACUGAGCAACCUCAUUCAUCUCUGGACGGCUCACACACUGACCUCUCUGUCAGAAAUCUGGACUGGAUGAAACUGUCAAAUAUGUAAAUAGAGAUCUAAUUUUAAUA